CUAAACUGAGACAUCUGCUUGGAUUAAACCUCUUCCAUCUGCUGUCCUCCUGUCUACUGACGAGCUGCUGGGUCACUAAAACACAUCUUUGAUGCAUUUUCAAAAUAUAGGCCUAUAUAGCCCCACACAUUUACUUAUUUAUGUAUCGAUUAUUAAUUUAAACACUUAAACAUGGAAAUUUAACAUUAUUUCUAGGCCACUUAAGCCAAUUUGUCAAAGCAUGUUGGAAAAUAUGAUCUUGAGGUUUAUUGGUGUGUGUGUGUUUGGGGGGGGGGGGGCAUAAGGCCUCGAUGUUAGCCUUGUACCAGAUAACUGGUCUUAGUCACAUGACCUCAUAGCCCACACAGGCUGGUAAUCUGUUUAUGCAGCGCGUGACCCGUCCUCCCCCUCUCUUCUGCCCUCAUCCCGUCCGCCUUCCAGCUGAUGAUGCAUGCGGCAGAACAGGCUUGUCGAGCAUCUCUAUAGCAACUGCAAACAGCGAGGCACUUCAGAGCCAUCUCAAAGAGCAAAUGUGACCUGGGCCAUUACAUCUACAAGCACUACAAGACAACCGGGUCUCUUCUAAAGGUCAAAUUCAAGGUGAGUGCAGCGAGCAUGUCGUGGUUCAGCUGGAACGAGCCGCACUGCCGGAGCCCAAGACGUGAGCCGUCUGAAGUGGUCACGGACACCCUGAUGCUGGAGCUGAGCUGGCAGAUGAAGGAGGCCGAGAGACGGCAGCGGGAGCGAGACAGUGAGUAUCGGAGGCUGAAGAGCGGCGUGGACUACAGCUGGCUCAUGAGCUCCCCACGCAGCUCUUUUGACAUCAGCCAAGGAGAGAGACUCGGCCUCGAGGACCUGUGUAGCAAAGUACCACCAUCAUACUGCGGAUCGGUAAUACAGAGGUUUCGGCAGGUGCUGAUGGAGAAUGAGCCUGAGCUGCAGGAGGUUUCCGGACUCUUCCGCUCUGUGCUUGUGGAAACACUUGAGCGUGUUCAAGACGAACAGGAGGCGCAGCGUCUGACCCACCAGUGGAACAACAGACGCCCCAUAAGCUUGUCGCUGAUGAGCUUCAGGUCUCGCGUGCGGAUCAACCCUUUCGGCAGCACCUUGGGACUGAAAUCAAACAGUUACGGCUCGGAGGAAGAUGGAGUAGAUGUCAAGACUGUGUGUGGGGAUGUUGAGAAGGGUCUUGGUCAGACAACGGAGAAAGCGCAGCGCGUGUGGAGCAUGCCGGAGAUUCGGCACAAGGGAAUCAAUGGGAAAGCUUGAGUGCCUGGGAGUGGGGUUCGACUGCCUGAUAUUCCCAGCACCACUGUCAGUGUAUUUAUAUUUUCAGAAAUAUGGAGGUAAGAGGUAUGUUGAUUUUGGGAAAUAAAACGUAAGUCUUAGCAAAGCAAAUACAUGCAUUUGCUACAAGGACAACACUCCCAACUCGUCACAUAUUGAUGCUUGGUCACUUUUUGACACACAGGGUCCUCAGUUGCUUUAAAUAAGACACCUUUGGAAUCAUUUGACACGUAAGGCACUGGAAAUGAUAUCAUCAUGAUUAAAUUAAAUAAUAAUGCCAUUAUUGAUAUGUUGGGGUGUGACUUUUCAAUGUAAACAGUCACAACAGUUUUAUUUACAUUGCACUAUACACAUAUUUGUGAGCACAUAAGCACACCCCUGCUCCUAAAGCUACCAUUCGUCAAUAAAACACAAUAUGUAACAGACAGAUAUAACUACAGUCAUAAUUUAUUCAAAAAGUAUUAAUAUUCCAAGUCUUCCGAGGCAAAAUGAUAGAUUUGUGAAAGGAAUAUCUACGGAGUAUCUUUUUGAUUGAAAUGUGAUACCCCUGUGCAUCAAAUAUGAUGCUAAAAGUGUACCUUGAACGUCAAAAAGCAACGCCAAGGGGUCCUGACCAAGCGGCAACCUCCUGUGCUGCAUCCCAUUGUGCUUUCAUCCUUUAAGGGUGUAGUAUAUGUACUUUUUGGUGAAGAAAAAGUACACGCUUUUGAGUAGGCAAGCUUUGUCAUAUAGUUGCAUCUUUAACGGACUGCUCUGUCGCAUAGUUACACUGUAAACUGGCCUGUCAAUCAUCUUGUCACAGUUAACAUCCUCCACAUUUCAUUUCAUUUAACUUCCUAUACCAUAUCUAAGAGAGAAAACAAGUAGCACGUUGAUCUGUAAGCCAUGGGUCUUCAUGCAGAGAACUCUGCUCAUAUUUUCUGCAUGAUGCAUUUAAAAGUGCAA